UCUAAUAUGAAAUGCCAAAAUUUGGGCAAAUUUUAAAUUCUCGCGCUUUGUAGAGAAUAGUGUCCAUUUCUUGAAAGAAAUGAUUUACUUUAAUUGUAGUGAGAUGCUACAAAAGUAAAUGAGUCACAUAUCCCUGUCACUGCUGGGAUUGUCACUUAAUAGAGGAGUAUUUAUUCAUAAACAGAGUUCAGAAUUUCCCCAUGUAUUUUUAGUGUUCGCAGGGGUUCCAGGAUUACAUCAUUCUUUAUCUAGUAUCCAUUUCAAUUUGCAUCCAGGAUUCUCUUUCAAAAUAGUCUUAUGUGAUUCCAAUACACUAGACAACUCGGAAGACACUAGACAACAGCAGUCUUAUCUAAAGAAAUAAGACCUCCAAGGACGAAGCAUCAGAAUGCUUCAAUUAACUGGGGAAAAUGAGAAGAACUGUGAAGUUUCAGAAAGUAUCAGAAGGUCCGGACCAUGGAAAGAGAUUUCUUUUGGGGAUUAUAUUUGUCACACAUUUCAGGGAGAUUGCUGGGCUGAUCGAUCCCCACUUCAUGAAGCUGCAGCUCAGGGGCGCUUACUGGCCCUUAAAACUUUAAUUGCACAAGGUGUCAAUGUGAACCUCGUGACAAUUAACCGGGUGUCUUCUCUCCACGAGGCAUGCCUUGGAGGUCAUGUGGCCUGUGCCAAAGCCUUGUUGGAAAAUGGUGCACACGUCAAUGGAGUGACAGUUCACGGAGCCACGCCCCUCUUCAAUGCUUGCUGCAGCGGCAGUGCUGCAUGUGUCAAUGUGCUGCUGGAGUUUGGAGCCAAGGCCCAGUUUGAGGUGCACCUGGCCUCGCCCAUCCAUGAGGCAGUGAAGAGAGGUCACAGAGAGUGCAUGGAGAUCCUGCUGGCAAAUAAUGUUAACAUUGACCAUGAGGUGCCUCAGCUUGGAACUCCCCUGUAUGUGGCGUGCACCUACCAGAGGGUAGACUGUGUGAAGAAACUUCUAGAAUUAGGAGCCAGUGUCGACCAUGGCCAGUGGCUGGACACCCCACUCCAUGCUGCAGCAAGGCAGUCCAACGUGGAGGUCAUCCACCUGCUAACCGACUAUGGAGCUAACCUGAAGCGUAGAAAUGCUCAGGGCAAAAGUGCGCUUGAUCUGGCGGCUCCAAAAAGCAGCGUGGAGCAGGCGCUCUUGCUCCGUGAAGGCCCACCUGCUCUUUCGCAGCUCUGCCGCCUGUGUGUCCGGAAGUGUCUCGGUCGAGCAUGUCAUCAAGCCAUCCACAAGCUACGUCUGCCGGAGCCACUUGAACGAUUCCUCCUAUACCAAUAGUCCUAAGUGUCCCUGGGAAGAUACUUGGAAUGACACAGAUUGUUGUCUGCUGUACCUAGAGUACCUAGUGUAGAAGCUCAACAGCUAGACUCUUAGUAUCUUCAAAUGAGCUCAGUUGAAGUAAAUCCCCCAUGAGCUAGAACACUUGAGGAGUGGAAACUCCUGGUUAGUGUAAUGUUCUUAUUAACCAAGGGGCAACUAGAAACCGUUUAGCUUUUAGCUCUUGCUGUUAAAGAAACUUAAAAAAACUGUGAAGUAGAGUGAAAACAACAGGCUAUUUUUUGAUGAUUCAGGAUCUUCUUGUACCUAAAAGUCAACAUUCUGAAUAUUGUGUAGACACAUAUAAAUUCAG